CACAGCAAGAGGUGAUGGCCAGAACGGCGGAUGAUGGUGAUGUCAGUUACGACGCUUUUGAGGGCCUCGAUCGGGAUGUGAAAUGCAAUCUGAUUCGGUGGGCCGACGUCGCGGUAGAGGCAGCCUCAAAGGAACUCGGAAAAGAGUAUGCCUUCUCCGCAUUUUCAUUGAUUUUUUCAUGGAAAUCGGAGCAACAAAUAUAUCACAUCGACUUACAGAUGGGCGCUUAUCAGUUUGCUUUGAUUCUCACGGAAAGUGAAAGUACGAUUUAUUCAUCCGCAACGAUGUCACUCGAGGACGCGUGCAUCGACCUCGGUAUCGACCAUUUCAAUGAUCCCACUCUAAAAAAUUUUUGUUCACUACUUUCUCCUCUCAAUAGAAUUGAUCACUUCAGCAAAUCAAUUACGGAUGGACGGGUGAAACCGGGAACUCUUUCGAUAAUUGGAGGCGGCAAGAUUCACGCAAAGCCGAAGACCACAGGGUUCAGGGCGGUCAUCUUCUUCUCCGCGUGCCUGAUUGGGUGGCGCUCAUACAACCCAAAUGAGCAGUAUAACGUGUUUAGUCUGCUGGACGAGAUUUAUGGUCGUGCUAAGAGUCCUGAAGAAGAAAAAAAGAUCGAGAUGGAAUUCGAAAAACACCUCCCGUACUACAGAGAGUACUACGGUGAGGUCCAUCUACGUGAAUUGCUUCCCGCACUGUAUGGCCCCCUGGAACAGCAAAAAGGCCUAUGCGAAAAAUGUUCGGUGCCUAAAAGGAACGGCAACACAAAAGAAGAAGGAAGUAACAAACCGCACUUUGGAGUCCACCGUAGAGGAUCCCUCCGUCCUCGCUUGUCAUGUAAGAGUGACACAGGAUGA